AUGAGCGCCAUGCGCCUCGUCAACCAGACCGACGUGACCAACGACAUUCCGCAGUUCGAUGCGAUCAUCAAGGCCGCGUACGCGGUGCUCGAGGCCAACUACGACGACCAGAUGCACGCGACCGCGCCUGGCGCCAUCGAGAGCAUUGGCUUCCAGCACAUUAAAGCCCAGGACGCUCUGCUCGCGGCCCAAGCGAUUGCCCACCGCAACUUUACGCUGGCCACCAAGCAGUUCACCGCCCUCAUGCGCCAUCAAUGGAGCAACGGGUUCAUGCCCGACGUCAUUUACGGGCCAUCUGUCGGCGCCUCGUCCGCCUGGCUGCCGACCAACAAGACGUACUACCCAGGUCCUGCGUUCUGGUCAAAUUCGAACACAAGAUGA